CGCUGAAAUAUGGAUAAUGAGUGGCCGUGAACGCGUAGGUUGGAGUCUAGUCUUCUCGAUCUGAAGGCGAUGACCACAAUCUCGGUGUGAAAGAGCACGAAAGCACGUGGUGAGGUGCAUCCCCUUUAUAAAGCUCACUUUCUGUCCAUGCAGCCGCCAGGAGAUGGUGCGCGCUGGCACGCGGCACUGGCGUUUUCCACAAGAGGGGAUGGAGAAGCGCACUAACGCUCUUUCUGUCGCGCCGAAGGGAAAAUAACUUCUUUGCUCCGUUCGUUCCGUUCUUGUCUCUCAGCCUCUCUCUCAAUCUCCGGACGUGUUCGCGCUCGCUGCAUUGUUAAGUUUUCUCAGCGACCGAUUAGAACGCGCGCGCUCGGAUCAUAUACGACUGGACAGGCGGUGGAGAUGCGCGGCGGCGCACGAGCGGAUCGUGCCGAGUUUUAACGCGCACCGUGUGAGGCGCGCUCACGGUUUUCACAGCAGGGUUUUGGGGAGCUUGGAUGCGGUGGAGGUGCGCUGACCCGCAAAUCCUCGCAGAAUUAAACUUCAGAUGGCCGUGACUCUGACUCUUGGGCUUGCGGUGUGAUCAUAUAUGUGAUCUGUUCUUCGUUUCCAGGAAUUUUUUUUCCAAGCCAUUUGAAAGCUUCUCGGUACUGUCACGCCAAAUGGAUAUCCAGACACAAAGACCUAUAACUAAUGAACUUAGUAUAUCUUAAACUUUUCACGUCAAACAUUUUUUCUAAAGGUGAUCUGGUGAUAGGCUACAAAAUGCAUUUAUCGCCUCAUUUUCUUUAAUAGGGUGUGCUUAAUUCAGCAAACACAAACUUUAUUAUAGCUCGAAAACUACUUCUUUUGAAAACUGUGGAGGAACACAGCCAUCAUCCCCCGAAAAUGAACCUCUUCGUAGUGAGUCUUCUUCUGAGCCUGGACCUAGUGGCCGUGGCGCUCGGCUUGUCCACGUGCAGCACCUUAGACAUGGACCAGUUCAUGAAGAAGCGCAUCGAGGCGAUCCGCGGUCAGAUCCUAAGCAAACUGAAACUCAGUAAGCCGCCAGAGGAGUUCCCGGAGCCUGAAGACGUGUCCCGGGACAUCAUCGCCAUCUACAACAGCACCCGGGACCUGCUUCAGGAGAAGGCCAACGAGCGCGCCGCCACCUGCGAGCGCCAGCGCAGCGAGGAGGAGUAUUACGCCAAGGAGGUGCACAAAAUCGACAUGCAGCCUUUCUACCCCUCUGAGAAUGUUAUCCCUCCGACCCUCUACAAUCCCUACUUCAGACGGCUCAGAUUUGACGUCAGCUCCAUGGAGAAGAAUGCCUCGAACCUAGUGAAGGCCGAGCUGAGGAUUUUCAGGCUGCAGAACCCAAAGGCCCGUGUGACUGAGCAGCGCAUUGAGCUUUAUCAGAUCCUGGGUCAUAAAGACCUCACAUCACCCACACAGCGCUACAUUGACAGCAAAGUGGUGCGCACUCGUACAGAGGGCGAGUGGCUAUCCUUUGACGUAACCGAAGCGGUCAGCGAAUGGCUACUUCACAGAGACAGAAACAAUGGAUUCAAGAUCAGUCUGCACUGUCCUUGCUGCACAUUUGUGCCAUCAAAUAAUUACAUCGUUCCAAACAAGAGUGAGGAGCUGGAGGCCCGCUUUGCAGGGAUUGAUGAUAGUUUCCGCCGUCACAGUGGCCAGUCUCCACACUUGCUGCUCAUGUUGCUCCCAUCCUACCGCCUGGAGUCCCAGCACAAGAGCCACAGACAAAAACGAGCCCUAGAUGCUGCUUUCUGCUCCAGGAACGUUCAGGACAACUGCUGCCUGCGCUCACUAUACAUUGAUUUCAAGAAGGACCUGGGAUGGAGAUGGAUCCAUGAGCCAAAAGGUUACAAUGCCAACUUCUGUGCUGGAGCGUGCCCUUAUCUCUGGAGUGCAGACACCCAACACACUAAGGUCCUUGGUCUAUAUAACACCAUUAAUCCAGAAGCAUCAGCCUCUCCAUGCUGCGUGUCCCAAGACCUGGAACCUCUUACCAUCCUUUACUUCAUUGGAAAGACCCCCAAAAUUGAGCAGCUUUCCAAUAUGAUUGUAAAGUCCUGUAAAUGCAGCUAGGAACUGGCUAAAGCUGCAUACACACACACACACACACACACACACACACACACACACACACACACACACACACACAGCACAUACACUAUAAUUUUAAUUCAGUCACGAACUGUCUCAUUCACACAGGUAUAGAAAUUGCUGUGCAGGCCGGGAACAAAAAUGUACAUUUCCUUCAACCAGCAUAUGUAUUUGUUCAAAUUGAGCACACAAAGGCGCACAUGCAGAGUUUGCACUUAAGUGUGCGCAUACAUGUUUGUGUGUGUAUGUGUGCUGGGGGAAAAAUGGCCCUUUUAGUACAUCUCAUCUCACACACUCAUCACACCAGGACGUGAGUAUGGUAAACACUGGAAGUACAUGAUUAAGUGUCUACAUGUGAAGUAGUAGAAAGAGAAUCCCUCAUUUCAGCAAACAGUUAGAGCAAACCCUGUCACUUUCUUUCCUUUCUUUACCUGUACAUCCCUCAAAACCUUAGUAACAUUUGUUUUUUGUUAUUUUUAAAGCUGGUUUUGAUUCUGGGAAAUAGUUGAAGACUUUACUUAUUUAAUGUCAGUGGGGCCUGUUAGUGACUUUCCUGGCUAAGACAUGACAAGAGGAACGGGAAAGGGAAAGGUGAAGAGAUUUUGUGAUAUGGAAAGACACCAAGGGACUGAAAAUAGUUUUGCUAAAUUCCGUUGCAGAUGAACAAGAGUUGAACAAGAUACUUCCAAAAAACAAGCAUGUGAAUGACUGGAAGAGUUUGAAAAGCAGCAGGUGUGAAGUCUGCCUCAUGAUAUGCACAGAGUUAAGGAAUCUGCUAUAAAAGGAUGAUUUUUGAACUUGGAAAGUUUAGGGUCUGUGACGCUGUGAAUCAUGCAGUUAAAACAAAAAGAUUGUUUUUCUCGUUAUCAUUUGUAAUGCCGAGCGAUCAUGAUUACACACUACAGAACACAUUAUAUACUACAGAACAUCUGUCAUGAUUACAAAAAAAAAAACAUUCACGCACAUGCACUCCCACACGUUUAUCCUAAAAGGCAGUUUUUUUACAAGGCAUAAAAGAACAUAAAAGUGUUUACUUUAGGGAAUUAUAAUGAAGGAACUUAAGAGUUCCUAUAAAACCAAUCUUGCUCAUCAGGUACAGUCAUGUCAACAUCCUACAAAGUAAUGAGUUGAGAAUAGGUUUAUGGUAGGUGACAAUGUAUUGUGGAAGGCUUGGAAAGGAGAUUGUGUCAGUAAAGUCAUAGGAAGGACAGGACAACAGCAGAGGGAUAUUUGCCAAGUGAUUAGAGGCAUGUAGAGCAGAUGUCUGACAAUGUCUCUGUGGCUGGCUAUGGUAAUGAGAGUCAGUAAAAGAUUGGCACUUCCAGCUUAUCAAGUUACAACAUGUGGCAUAACUGGGGCCAGGCCAGCCUCACAAGCGUACUUGAGUAGCCAUGGAUGGAUAUGUGCCAUUGAGAAACUUUGUGUUGCACUCAGAUCUGAGAGCAAAGCCCCUCCUUUGUUUAUUUUUCCCGUUCCAAGGAACCAAGAUCCUUUGAUACAAAGAAUUGCACUGACUGUAUUUUAUUACCUUUUUUUUAUUUGUAACUUGUUUGUUGGAUUUUUACUUGUAGUUCAUGCCCCACACCUCACCCUUAACAUAUUGCAAGUGUUAAUGACAUGAAUAACUUCAGUAAAAAAUUUGGCCAGACAAAAAGGAAACAGCUCAGAUCAGUGUAGAAUGAUCUUUUCAACAUUGUAUAAUAUGUAGGUGACAGUAUACAACAUCCUUACCCCAGGCUCCUCAUAGUGCUAGUGGACACAGGAAGUGGAAAGAAGCACAACCAUUGUCACGUUAGAAUAGGGGUUUCUUUAUUCCGUCCUCCAUCACCUCUCGCCAAACCACAUUUGUUGUUCUUUUUCCAUUUCUGAUCAUAUUAAGCCAUGUAAAAGAGAACUCUGCGACUCUGACUUCCUGGUUCUGAUAUGAUCUAGAAUAGAGUGUGGCACGGCCAAGGGUUUUCGAGGACCAUAUCAGUGACCUCUACGUUAGACCUGUAUAUUGUUAUUGUUGUUUAUGAUGAUGUUGAUCUUGUUGACUCACUAUGAUGUAUUGUAACACAUUAUUGUUGUGAUGCUCUAGUGGUAAAUAAAUUAUUUAAGUAACAAGGGAAAA